AUGCUGAGCUCGAGGCUGACGCACGCGACGCUCGAAAGACGCGCGUCGAGCUUGAGGUUUUCCAAAGCCGCGAACGCGCGAAGAAACGCGCGCGGUGCGACGAUCACGGCGAGCGGGUUGAACAUCACGCCGCCGGUGAGCGAUGGGACGGUGCGCGUGCGGUUUGCGCCAUCGCCGACGGGGUCUUUACACGUCGGUGGCGCGCGCACGGCGUUGUUUAAUUACCUGUACGCGAAGAAGAUGGGUGGUAAAUUCGUGCUUCGAGUCGAGGAUACGGAUCAAGCGCGAUCGACGCGCGCGAGCGAAGAUAGCAUGGUUGCCGAUUUGAAAUGGCUUGGGCUGGAUUGGGACGAAGGACCCGACGUCGGUGGGCCGUGUGGGCCGUACAGGCAGAGCGAGAGAGGUGAAAUUUACAAGGCGCUCGCCGAGAAGCUCGUGGCGAGCGGACACGUGUACCCGUGCUUUUGCACGGAUGAAGAGUUGGAAGCGAUGAAGGCUGAGGCAGAGGAGAAGAAGCUUCCGCCGAAGUACAUGGGGAAGUGGGCCACGGCGAGUGAGGCGGAGGUGAAGGAAAUGAUGGACAAGGGAGUUCCGUUUACGUAUCGCUUCCGCGUGCCGGAGGGCGAACGCAUUGAAAUCGACGACAUGGUGCGGGGUAAGGUUGGUUGGGAUACGAACACGCUCGGCGAUUUCGUGGUGUUGCGCUCCAACGGUAUGCCCGUGUACAACUUUUGCGUCGCCGUGGACGACGCCACCAUGGGAAUCACCCACGUGUUGCGCGCCGAGGAGCACUUGCCGAACACGCUUCGCCAGGCGCUCGUGUACAACGCCCUCGGCUUCCCGCUUCCGACGUUCGCGCACAUGUCCCUCAUUCUCGCCCCGGAUCGUUCCAAGCUUUCCAAGCGCCACGGUGCGACAUCGGUCGGGCAAUUCAAGGAUGAAGGCUACCUGAGCAAGACCAUGGUCAACUAUCUCUCACUCUUGGGUUGGAACGACGGCACCGAGCAAGAAAUUUAUGAGAAGGCAGAGCUCGAGAAGCUCUUUAGCGUCGAACGCAUCAACAAAUCGCCCGCGGUGUUCGACAAGGUGAAGUUGAACUGGAUGAAUGGUCAGCAUCUUCGCUUGCUUCCGGACGCCGACGUAGAGGCACUCGUUGGUGAGGCGCUGGUGGCUUCGGACUUGUUGAAGGAAUCCUCCGGCGCGACGGUGCAAGCCAUCAUUCCUCUCAUCAAAGAAUCCAUCGAACUCGUCGAGGACGCCGUUCCGCAGGUGCAAGCCAUGUUUGAGUUCCCAUUGAAGGAAAACAUGGGCGAUGAUGCGAUGAAGAAGGUGCUUGAUGACGAUUUUGAACCUAUCGUCGACGCCAUUGUCAAGGCGCACGCGAGCGGCGAACUCGCCGCGGCGGUGAAGGAAGGCACGGUGAAGCAAUUCAUCAACGCCACGGGCAAGGCCCUCGAUCGUAAGGGAAAGAGACUUUUUAUGCCUUUCCGCAUUGCGCUUACCGGUCGUAUGCAAGGUCCGGAUGUCGGUGAAGUGCUCACGCUUCUCGACAAAGCUGCCGGCUCGAGCGACAAGAUUGUGUCGCUCGACGACAGAGUCGCCGCCCUCAAGGCGGCUUUCCCAGCCGCUGUCGCAAACUAA